AUUGCGGAAGCGACGGGCUGGCUCAGCAGCCAUUGAUGCUCUGAAUAUCCAAGAGGACAAAUCGAGAUUAGAUCCUGUUUCCAGAGGUUUUCAGAGGUUCUCAGUGAUUGAAGUCAUGGUGUCCCACUCUCUCGCCCUGCCCAUGAUCUGCUUCACCACGCUGUGGGGGCUCGUGGGGGUCGUGGCUCCGUUCCUGGUGCCCAAAGGACCGAACCGGGGGGUGAUCGUCACCAGCCUCAUCCUCACAGCGGUCUGCUGCUAUCUGUUUUGGUUGAUAGCUAUCCUGGCCCAAACCAACCCCCUGUUUGGCCCUCAGCUGAAGAACGAGACUAUAUGGUAUCUGCGCUACUUCUGGGAGUAAACAAGGACUCGGCUGGACUUUAUUUCAACGUAACUCCUGAACAUUCCCACCGAACACAAUCUGCUGAAGUGAUGAGACAAGAAGUGAAGUGUCACAGUCAGUUUUUUUUUUAUUUGCAACAUUUGGAAAUUCUUGGUUAUGUAAAUUGAAGUGAAAAUGAAAGAUGUAGAGUUUAUUAAGGCAUGUUAAGUGUCCAAGUCACACGCCAGAUUGUAAGUUGUGAUUUAGUCCGUGGGAGGUUUGAUGAACUAUUCGAAAUGAGGAAAGCUUUGAGUGAUUUUUUUAUGUGUGUUACUGAUAGGAAUAAUUCCCACUGAUACCAUGACAUCAUCUGUUAGGAGUAGGUGUUAGUUCCCAGCUGAAAUGUGCAAUUCUUUUGGUAUUUUAGUUGAUUAUGUGUUUACAUAUUUGGUUUUGUGUUGCUGCCAUCAGGGAACAUGACUUUCUAAGUAUUUGUAUUUAUUUGGCCUGUGGGCACUGAUGUGAGUGCGUUGUAAUAACCUCAGCGUCCAUGUGGUCUUGUUAUAUAACUGUUGUUUUCUGUGAUGUAAUGGUGUGUGUGUAGAGUGAAUGUGUGUGUGUGAAGAGUUCAUUACAGUGAGUGUUUGGAUCCCAGCCAUGAGAAUCUCCCAGAACCGUAAAAAAAAAAAAAAAGAAGUGAAGAGCGAUUCCUUCCACUUUAGACCACUUCAGCAUGAAACUCCCCUCCCACAUUCUCCUCAUACUCUGCUCCGCGGAGGUCCUCGUUGCCAUGGUGAUCUCAUCGCCCAAUUCAAUCCAGCUCCACUCGACCCCUUUUGAUGAAAUCCUGCCCAUUCUCGCCUGCUUGUGUACAGAUGUACUGUAGAUUGUACUGUAGGGACAUGAAUUUGGACUGAAGCUGCUGAUAGAUUCACUGGUAUCUACAAUCUAGAAACAUGUUCCCCUCUCUGAUUCAUUUAUUUAAAAUCAGUCUCUCAAGAUCCAGUUACACCAAAUCCCUUCAUUGAAACUGUAGCCAAUGAAUCCUUCCAGGGUUAGGGGCUCUUUAAGACAGAGCGACCCCCUCUCAUCUUUUCAGCAGCAGCAGAGAGAAAAGCUGUUUAACAAUGGGUUCUAAUACCUCCAGAUAAAGGUGCUCAUUAGAGCCAUGCAGGGCUCUGUGGCUCGCCCUUUUUUCGCUCUGUGAAGGUUUCACUGGGUGCUUUUACAACAGAAACAAAGAUUAUGCAUAGACCCAAGUGUAAAAGGUUCCACCUUGAGUCCCCCUAUGAAAUGUUCUACAUAGAACCCUUUAAUGUGCAAAGGUUUUACUCCAGAAAGUCCUACCCAGAACCCUCUACCUUCCAGUUUUUUUUUUAGCUCCACCAGUAGCCCCCAAGGAGAGCUUUAAUCUAAAACCUGUCCACCUUCUGCUGUUUCCCUAGAAACAAUCAUCCAGGACCUCCUAAAAAAGGUUCUACAGAGAACCCAUCGGUCGUGUUCUGCUCCAUCCAGAACCUUCUAUUCUUAGUUUCAUUCAAAAUCUUUCAACCUUUUAGGAUUCCUCCAGGAACUCCUUGUGAGAGGUGGAACGGAGAUCCUUUACUUGUGUAAUGCUUCCACCUAGAACCUUUUCUACCAAGAACUUUCUACCUUCCAGGUUUUUCUUUAGCUGCACCAGUAACCCCCCCAUAAAAGGUUCUACAGAGAACCCUUCUGUGGUGUAAUGGUCCUUCUAAUGAUCCUCCCUGGGGGUUCUGUAGAAAGCCUUUCCACCUUCUAGGGUUGCUUGUAAGAUCUCCGCCCAGAACCUCUUGUAAAAGCUUCUACACAGAAUCUUGUUAUAGUGUUUUGGUUCUUUCUAGAACCCCAGAAAGAACCAGAAUCAGUUAACCUACUAGAGUUCCUCACAAACUGUCCAACUAGAACCCUAUUGGAGAGGUUUUACAGAGAAUAUUUUUGCCAUGACUCCCCCUAGAACUGUCAGUUGGGGUUAUCUAGAACCUUUUGCUCUUCUAGGGUUGCUACAAGAAUCCAAGCCAGAUCCCCAAAUAGAGGUUCUGCAAACCAUUUCCUUAUCAAGGUUAUUGGUUCUACCCAGAACUCUAUUUUGGGUAUCUAUCCAACACUCUUCAGUCUUUUAGGGAUCCUCAAAAAAUUGCCAUCCAGAACACCUUUUAGAGGUCUUAGUUCCACCUAGAACCUUUGCAGCUUUAAGUCUUUCUACAAAGAGUUCAACGAAACCCCCCACAAGGAGAGCUUUAAUCUAAAACCCGUCCACCUUCUGCUGUUUCCCUAAAAAUAAUCAUCCAAGACCUCCUAAAAAAUGUUCUACAGAGAACCCAUCUGUAGUGUUCUGCUCCAUCCAGAAACCCUUUACUCUUAGUUCCAUUCAAAAUAUUCCAACCUUUUAGGAUUCCUCCAGGAACUCCUUGUUAUAGGUUGAACAGAGAUCCUUUUACUUGUGUAAUGCUUCCUAGAACCUUUUCUGGGGAUUCUUUCCCGAACCAUAACUUCUUCAAGGCUUACUCAGAAGAAUUUAAAGGGGGAUAGCGCACGAUUUUCUAAAGAAAGUGUUGCUUUCUAUAAUGAUUUGCAGACGUUUUCAAUAGCUGUGAUCAUUAGAACCCUCAUCAUGGGAGCGAAAGAUGCCUCUGGCUGGCCGAUGUUGAUAUUUAAUGAACUCAUCAUGAUUCAAGUCUUACAUCUUUAGCAUUUCAUGGGCUAACUGUUAAAUCUGUACUGUACUGUCUGCAAUACAGAGCCUGUAGCAACCAGUACACUCACAUGUGAGUUGGGAGCAGCUUGACGCCGGUUCACUCGGCUGGAAAAGCGAGUUUGCCAGAAGUCAAGAGGUUAUUUCAGCUGAAUCUGGUCUCUGCUGUCAGUGCUGAGAAUCUGAUCACCCACUCUGAGCUGCAUCAGGUAGCUCAGUCAGGGCGCAGAGAUACAGCACAGUGGUGAGCGAUUCAAAGCAGCCAUGAUAGUGAUGGAGAGGAAGUCCCCUCUUUGGUUUAUUGCACAUCCACCUAACAGCGUAUGUAAUGCUCUUCCUCUAACAGGCUUACAUAACUUCAUUUUUAAAAUCUUUAUAAAAGAUACUGGUUUGACCCACCUGCCUCCUACUGAUGCUCAAACAGCCCCAGCCACUACCACAACUACCUCUCCUCUUCCUUCCACUCCUUUUCCAACCCUGAAAGCCCCCUCCCUCCCCUUCCCUUCCCUUCCCGUCCUCCCACCUUCCUGCCUCAACACUCUACCUCCCUUCGCCCUCUCUCUUAAAACCACUUUGCUUCAGCCAAAAAGAAUCGAAAUCAAUAUACAGCUACUUUUUAGAAAGACCAAAUUACGUUGUAUCUUUUCCUCCAGCCCUCUUUGGUAGUUGUGGUGGUGGUGGCACGCAUCUCAAUCAUAUAACACCUCAGUCAUGGUUACACAAGUACGGAUCCACAUCAAGUAUAGCACUACCAUACGCAAAAUUUCAUCCUAUGAUAUAAAGCUCUCCUUGGUGGAAGAAUUUGGGAUGUUUUGUUCAUUUUUUCUCCUCUUGGUAUUCUGACAUCAAGGCUUGAGUGCCUAAUACCAGUUACAGCCUGUCCCAUUAACAGCCCAGUUGGCAGUCUUGCUACCCAGCAGCAGGACAAGGUGCUGCUAGUAGCGGGCACUGUCAGUGCAGCAUUGUUUCAGUCUCUGGAAGUACGUGUGAAGUAGUGUGAAGUUCAGAUUCGGAGAGGGGCGCUGGUGGCCUAGCGGUCUAAGCGCCCCCACGUACAGAGGCCACAGUUCUCGUCGCAGUGGUCGCCAGUUCAAGACAAGGGCCGGUCGACCAUUCGCUGCAUGUCCUCCCCCACUCUCCACUCCCCAUAUUUCCUGUCUCUCUUCAGCCGUCCUGUCAAUAAAGGCAAAAAUGACCCCAAAGAAAAAGGAAACAGAAAAUCGCUGCAACUGUCUUCUUCUUCUUUUACUAUUUAAUGCAAAUCAAGUCAACUUUAUUUAUAUAGCACAUUUAAAAACAACCAGUGUUGGCCAAAGUGCUUUACAAGGUAAAAAGUACAUGAAGACAACAAUAAACAACAACACAACAGGAUAUUACUGUCCCCUUCACGAGGAGAGGGCUAAAGAGAAGAGAUGUGUCUUCAACAAAGAUUUAAAACAUUCAACAGUGGGGGGCCGAUCUUAAUUGGAGUGGGAAGCCAUUCCAGAGCUUGGGGGCCGCUGCUGCAAAGGCUCGGUCCCCCCCGGGUUUUAAGGCGACUUUAAGGCACAUCCAGGAGCAGCUGGUUUUUUGACCUCAGUGCUCGAGCUGGGUUGUGAACAUGGAGAAGAUCAGCCAAGUAGGAUGGUGCCAAUCCGUUUAGGGGCCUUGUACGUCAAAAGCGCAAUCUUAAAAUCAAUCCUGUGACGGACUGGGAGCCAGUGGAGAGCACUCAGCACAGGUGUGAUGUGCUCCCUCUUUUUCCUGCCAGUCAGGAGGCGAGCUGCCGCAUUUUGAACAAGCUGCAGGCGCUGAAUAGACGACAUGUCUAAACCCACAUACAAAGAGUUACAAUAGUCAAGCCUAGCCGUAAAGCAGCAAGGAUUCCUCUUCAUCUGUUACUUAAUGGGGUUAGCAAACAGCUUCAAGACGCUCUAUAGCCACCGUCUGGCGGGAAUACUGUAACAAGAUAAGAUACUCCUAUUCGUCCAACAACGGGGAAAUUCAUGGAGUUACAGCAGCAAACAAGGUGUACAGUACAAGAAUUUAACAAGAAUAUAUAUAGGAAAGAAAUGUCCAUCAGAGACGACAGCUUGGUCAUAAUUCUCCUGUCAGACCACCUCCACAGGGUCCAGGACUGAGCUGGCCUUCUUCACCAGUUAGUUCAGUCUUCCUCUCCUGUAUCCUGUCCGCCCACAGCAGGUGAAAUCCUUCCAAUGUGGCGUUCGUGUCAGGUGUUAGCUCUGUUAGCAUGAUGCUACUCUGGUGCUGGGUUAGCUCGUCCACCUUAUCAUAGAUAGAUCUUACAUUCCCCAUAACGGUGGGUGGAAGGACAGGUCCAUGUCGUCUUUUCUUAGCUUGCACCUCAGUACCAGCACGUCGUCCUCGCCUCCUUCUCCUCAGCUCGCAGGGAACAUCGGGCCUAGCAUCGUUUUAGCAUCGACAUGCUACGGCUGCUAACAGCUGAUCUUGUAUGUAAACAAUGUUAGCAUGGAUACACGCAGGAUCUCCGGACACACACAGGAACAAAAAUAGUAAAAACACCACUGCAAACGUAGACAAUUUGGUGUCCAUGGCCAACAAAUGAGUCAUUAGAAAAAAGAACAACGAAGAGAGAGCUGCUGCAACAAGCAGCCACUCGAGCGGCGCCCUAGUAGAUGCAAGUAAAAUAGGGUUGCCAAGUUAAAGAUGUUGCCCUUGCAGAAUCAAAAAAAGCUCAGUCACCUGGCCCUGAAACUUAAUCUCAGUGAUGCUUCUCUUCAAGCUGAGAGUACAAGAAGAGCUGAAUCUGAGCGUCGGUCCAGACUGCAGUUCACCCUCACUUCAUUUUAUUCCAUCGGGCUUUCCAGCCAUUAACUGCUGGCUAUCCCCAUGUACCCAUAAACCCCUCUUGUUUUUGGUUUCCCCUCUCUGCAGCCACUCUGGAUUACAUCCCCAAUUCCUCUCAUAGUUCUUGUGUUUGCUUGCAUUGAAGCGUCAGUGACUCAUCAGAUACAACAAAUGGCAUUGUUCUCACGCGGUCCCCGAACAAACCGAACUCCACACUUGAGAUGGACAUGCCGGGUGCGAAGUGGACGUAGAAAUCUGUUCAGUUCUUCGUCCUUCUGACGAGUGUGUGCUGUUAGAUUCAAUAUUCCUGGCAAGGGAAAAACUACAUGUGUGUGUGAGUGUGAGUGAAGAGUCACCAUGGUUACACAAAUCUACUUUAACACAGAUCUGAUCGUUGGUAGAGAUGAGAUCCUAUAUGUGACCUUGUGUUAAUGUGAAGUAAGUGCUACGAUGUGAUGAGUGGCGAUUUCUGUGAAAAAAAAACCCAAUAAAAAGAAAAGACUCGUACAA